CUCGACACCGGGCGGGCUCCGCUCCGCUCCGCCGCUGCCCGCGGGCGCUGCCGCCAUGAGCGCCCCGGCCCCCGAGCCCGGCCCGCAGGACGGGGACCCCGGGCACGGCCCCGGCACGGCCCGGCCGGGCAGCCCGCAGGAGGAGUUUGACUUCUCCAUCCUCUUCGACUACGACUACCUGAAGCCGAUCGAAGAAGAACCGACUCCACAUAAAACCAACAGCCCACCCUCUGGAGUUACAUACGCUCAUGAUGUCUUGGACUGUGGCCUCAAGCCAUGCCCCCUGCCUUUUCCUAGCCUUUCUGCAGAUCCCAUGGGCAGAUAUGGACAGCCAGAUAGUAGCAUAGGGACAACACCUACACACCCUGCCAACGCUGCAGGGGCCUCUGCUCCGAGCCCUAGGAUUGAAAUUACUCCAUAUCAUGAACUGAUUCAUUCAGGGGGUCCCUUCCGCAGCAGAGACACAGAUGUUCUUUUGGUAGAACAUCAGUCAAACUCAGCCACCACUAGCCCAAGGGUUACCCUGCCUGUCCCUGGCUUUGAGGGCUACAGAGAACCACUGUGUCUGAGCCCAGCUAGUAGCGGCUCCUCUGCAAGUUUCAUUUCAGAGACAAAUGUAUCUCCUUGCACGUCACCAUGUGUUUCACCAAAUAAUGGUCCUAGUGAUGACCUUUGUCCACAGUUUCAAAACAUCCAUACUCAUUAUUCUCCUAGAACCUCUCCAAUAAUGUCACCACGAACAAGCAUCACGGAGGAAACCUGCUUGGGACGACAUUCACCAUCAGCCCGUCCCAACUCAAGGUCUUCAUCACCAGGUGCAAAACGGAGGUACUCUUGCACUGAGCUCUACAGCACUCAGCUGCCUUCCACCUCUCCACGGCAGUCACGGACCCCCUCUCCACAAUCCUCUCCUCGCGUCCCCUUGAGAGAAGACAACUCUUCAGUUACUUACACACAGCUGGCCAGCGCUCCUCUUUCCAUGGAUGCUAUGAGCAGCCUUCCUACGGAUCCUUCCUGUGGUGUUCCCACGAAAAUUUGGAAAACCAGCCCUGAUCCUUCAUCAAUGUCUUCCCACAAAAACAGCAUUUCAUGUCACGUCUUUCAGACUGUUGACUUCCACGGGCCUUGUGAGCAGGAGGACAGGAGAAACUCAGCCCCAGAAUCAAUUCUGUUGGUACCUCCAUCCUGGACAAAGCAACUGGUGCCUGCAAUCCCUAUCUGCAGUCUGCCUGUUCAGUCGCUCCCGCCCCUGGAGUGGCCCCUGUCCAGCCAGUCUGGCUCCUACGAGCUGCGGAUCGAGGUGCAGCCGAAGCCCCAUCACCGCGCCCACUACGAGACCGAGGGCAGCCGCGGCGCCGUCAAGGCUCCGACCGGGGGCCACCCCGUGGUCCAGCUUCACGGGUACAUGGAGAACAAACCCUUGGGUCUGCAGAUCUUCAUUGGCACAGCAGACGAGCGGAUACUCAAACCUCACGCCUUCUACCAAGUCCAUCGCAUUACGGGAAAAACUGUCACCACCACCAGCUACGAGAAAAUCAUCGGCAACACCAAAGUUUUAGAGAUCCCACUGGAACCCAAAAACAACAUGAAAGCAACCAUCGACUGCGCGGGGAUCCUGAAGCUGCGCAACGCGGACAUCGAGCUGCGCAAGGGCGAGACCGACAUCGGCCGCAAGAACACCCGCGUGCGGCUCGUCUUCCGCGUCCACAUCCCCGAGUCCAGCGGCAGGAUCAUUUCCCUGCAGGCGGCAUCCAACCCCAUAGAGUGCUCCCAAAGGUCUGCUCAUGAGCUUCCAAUGGUUGAAAGACAAGACAUUGACAGCUGCUCUGUUUAUGGAGGACAACAGAUGAUCCUGACUGGACAGAAUUUCACAGCAGAGUCCAAGGUGGUGUUCACAGAAAAAACAUCAGAUGGGCAGCAGAUCUGGGAAAUGGAGGCAACAGUGGACAAAGAUAAGAGCCAGCCUAGCAUGCUUUUUGUAGAAAUACCUGAGUACCGUAACAAGCACAUCCGCACAGCCGUGAAGGUGAACUUCUAUGUCAUCAAUGGGAAAAGAAAAAGAAGCCAACCCCAGCAUUUUACCUACCAACCAGUACCAUCAAUCAAAACAGAGCCCAUUGAUGACUAUGAUCCAGCCAUAAUCUGCAAUACAGUACACAGUGGUCUGGGAACAGUAACACAGCCUUACUAUUCACAGCACACAAUGGUCACCGAGUCCCCUUCCUGCCUUGUGCCCACUAUGGCCCCUUGCCAGCAGUUGCGCUCAGGCCUUUCCUCUCCUGAUUCUCGAUACCACCAGCAGAACCCGGCCGCUGUGAUCUACCAAAGGAGCAAGAGCCUGAGCCCCAGCCAGCUGGGCUACCAGCAGUCCAACCUGAUGGCUGCACCAGUUGCCAUUUCAGAUGCCCACAGGUCGGUGCUGGUGCACGCAGGUUCCCCAGGCCAAACUCCGGCGGUGCUCCACCACUCUCCAGGCAACCAGCAGUCAUCUCCUGUGAUUCACUAUUCUCCAACCAACCAGCAGCUGAGGUGUGGAAGCCACCAAGAGUUUCAGCACAUCAUGUGCUGUGAAAAUUUUACAUCCAAUGUCGCAAGAUCCAGCCAGCCCCAGGUCAGUCAAGCACAAAGGUUAAGCCCGAGCUCGUACCCGACGGUGAUUCAGCAGCAGGCAGCCUCGGGCCAGCGAGCAGCAAAAAAUGGACCACCAGGGAGUGACCAGAAAGAGGUGCUACCAGCGGGAGUCACCAUCAAACAGGAACAGAACCUGGACCAGGCCUACCUGGAUGAUGUUAACGAAAUUAUCAGGAAGGAAUUUUCUGGACUCCCUGCCAGAAGUCAGACAUAGAAGAAGAGAUUUGUGAGACAACUUUUACCGAAUCCUUCCAUAACUGACCUCUUAGGUCCUUCCAGUGCCCCUGCAACCUCCAGCUUCCUUUACAGUUCAUCUCAAUGCAAGGAACAAUGUAUUGGCAUCAAGUGACAGCCUUGACUAAGCAACUUGCCACCUCUCUCUGUAAACACCGAGAAGGACACCCUUCCUUUCCUCCAAAGAUUGUAUUGUUCUCAUGUAACAGAGCAUCUGUCUGAGGAAACACUUCAAGCCUGCUGCAAAAUAUCUAUGUAUUGAUCUAUCUUAGUGCUGAGGGAGAAGCGAUCUGUCACUCCUGAACCACACAAAGCAAGGGAGGUCGUGCAUUAGAGCUUAUUUGGGUGGGGUGGGAAAUGGGGGAAGAAAGAGUAAUAUAUUCCAUUAAAGAAUAACAUGAUUUGCAGGUCACUAGCAAGGACUUGCCCUCCAGGUCUCAAAGCCCUUCUGAGAAAUUCUAUUAUUAUAGGAAACUGAGGCAACCCAAGCUUACUCGGCCUUUAUCCAACCUGGGAUCAAAAGCCAUUUUUUUCUGACUCUGAGCACUGUGAUUGGUAUUUCCAACAGUAAAUGUCAGCUGAAUCCAGGAGUUUUCUUCAUUUUUCGUGUCAGACUGGAUAGGCAUUUGAAGGAGAGGGAUUCUCACUGAGAACCAGUGAAGAAGAACAAUUCAGCAGUUGCAACACCUGUCCCAAGGUAAAAUAAAGGCAGAUAAAAUAGAGAUUAAUAUCUAGGAGUCACAGUAAAUCCAAAGAUUUUAUGACUGAUACUUAUCAAUAUUUAGGCAGUGUAUGAACACAACUUAGAUAUUUUCUCUCUAACAAACUGUUGCUGUUUCUUUUCAUGUAGAACCUGCUAUUGGCCUGUAACUUGUCUCAUUGUCUCAUUUAGCAGCUGGAACAUUUAAUCACCCCAAGCUGCAGAGGAAAAUAAUUGCAUCCUACAGAAACCAUACAUUCCAUAAAAAAUAUACACUUACUUAUAUUCACCUUGUCUCUUUAGCUUUGCAAAGCUACCAGCAAUCUCUGGAAAAGUUACAUUUCCACGUGAGUUAGUAUUUUGUUGUGUUUUGCUUCAUGUGUUAGAAUAGAUUGUGCUGACACUGCUUAUCACAAUACCAGGUAACCGCUGCCACCUGCAGUUGUACAUCUACAAGUCAGAACACUUUGGAGUGUCGGUGCCUCCACAGGGGGAUAAAAGGACAUCCUGAGUGGAUAAUCGAUGUGCAGUAAAAAACAGCCAUAAUAUUUUAGGAAAUAGGUUUUAUAAAUGAGGAACGCUGAUACCUUUAGGAGUGUGGAGCCUGCUCUCUAUUCUAAAAAGCGCAGUGAAAUUAAUCCUGUUUUCGGUUGUUUCCCGGUAAACUUUGCUGAAUACCAGCGUGUCCACGUGCUCACAGCAGGAAUUACGUUAUGGGAAUGCAGCAGAGCAGCCCCAAAGUUGGUUCCCCAAUGGCUCAAGACAGAUCUUGCACAAUCCCUGCAGAGUUUGUGCUCAGUCCAACCAAAAUCUCUUCGUGACUAUUGAGUUUGUAUUUUCUACCACUAAAAGCUGGUGCUUAAACUCUGCAAGGUCUUGGGGUUUAGAGUGGGAGGCAGAUUUGGACUCUCCAGAACACCUGACCUGGGUCUCAACAGGUCUGGAUCUGAAACAGAAAUCUGAAUUUCACAAGAGCAGCUCUAAACUCUGGAUUCAGCCUAGCCCAGCUCCAGAACCCAAGCAGAGCCCUGCACAUCCCAACCUGGCAUUAAUAACACACCUUGGGGACUUGGCUUCUGUUUCCACUUGGUGAGAUUCAAAUCUUUUGUCCCAGAAUGAGUCCCCCGUGUCCCAUUUCAGCCACACCAAAAACUCCCUGGCUGCCUCAGUUCUGGUGCUCAUGUUGUGAGCUCCACACGUUGCAGCAGCACGACGGGUGAGAUGGCCCAGCCUCAGCCUGUACCUGCAGAGGUGAAAAUGGCCUCUUUUUUUACUGCUGACUUUUAUAGAACCAAAACUGAGGCCCAGACCAGCUGAAAGGACUCCAGCACAGGGGAAUUACUGUUAAACAGCGCUCACAGAGUACUUUGACUGGCUCACAUGCCUCAAAUAAGCUAUUUUGGAUUGUUUUAAGACUGUCAGUGUGCCAGAAUCUGACAGACGUAGUGGAUUUUUAAUGCAGUCUGAUGGACAUAUUCUAAAGACCAAAAGUUCCCUGUCAGGAGUUCUUUGCUGCAGCUGAGUAAAAGAACAGACCAAAUGUGUCUCCCAGUUUCACACUUGGAAGUAUUAACAUAUCUUUCCCUGGUCCAACCUGUAAAGUAUUUAAAAUUUAAAAACAAUUAAACAAGCAAAUAAACCAAAAACCCACUCACAGAAAACCAGAAAAUCCCAAAGAAGUGACAGAACCUUUUCCUUUGCUGGAUUUUAAAUAGAAUCUCAAGAAUAUAAAGGUCUUUUAAGAUCUGUAGGUGUGCUGAUGCUGUCUAUAAGUAUAUUUGGUGAUUGUAGCAACUGCUCAUCAAUUUAGGAGUAUAAUUUUUUGCAUAUUUAUUUUUACAGUAAUAUCAGUCAAGAAAAGAAGGGAAAAAAGGAAAAUCUAGUGCUGGAUAUGAGCAAACAGGAAAGCCAAGGGUUAAGUUCUGCCUUACAUAUCGUAGAUGCUGAAAUGUCCUUUUAAUACAUCACAAAAGGAAAGAAUAGCUGAAAGCUGCAACAUUUGGCCAUGCAAAAUAGGUUGUGGACUCAUAGCAAAGGCUUUUCAGUGGUCAGAGGGCCCCAGGCAGGCAAACCCCUGAGCCUUUGCAGUGCUCCAUGAACUCCUGUUCAGGACACACCCAGGACACCUGGGCUCUGUAACCAAAAUGUACAUUUCCACUGUGCUUAUAUGUUCCUUCAGGCACUUUGUUUUUGAGGAGAGAGUGUUUGGAGUUUGUUUGUUUUUUUUUAAAAUGUGCUACAGGUGCUUUUGUUGCUCUUGCAUUAGCUAUAUUCCUUCCUCAUUUUUAAUGCAUAGAUAUUAAUCUGUUCAUGUGUUUGUGCAGGUGCAUAUACAUGUAGUUUAUAUAAUAUACCCACAUAGACAGGGGCUAUUUACAAGGGCCUGAAGUGACAGGGCAAGGGAGAAUGGCUUCAAACUGACAGAGUAGUUUUAGGUUGGA